AUGUUGUUGCAAAAUUCACGCGCCGCAAAAAUACUCCGGAAUAUUCCGCCCGAAAAACUGAGCAUCGAACCAGGAUGCUACGCGGUACAGUGUGACAAUUCAAUGGUGUUGGAAGAUCAGCCGCAGCUCAUGAUUAGAAAUGAUGGAUCUCAUCAAGGAUCCACAAACAGAGAUUCUGCAAGUAGCAUUCCUGUUGUAUUAGAUUCAGAUCUACAGUCAUCAAUAACUGAAUGUGUUACUCUGAAUCCCAUAGAAACGGUUGAACCUGUAGAUAUUUCUACGCCGAGGUUAUCACAAGAACACACUAAACCAGGAUGCUCCAUGGUACUAACAGAUAAUUAUAAAGUAUUGAGGGACUGCCCCUUUAACAUCUUAAUUAAUAAUGAUAGAUCUAUCUGCCGAAGAUCCACGAGCCAAGAUUCUUUAAAAAGCAUCAGCUCUGUUUCAUUAGAUUCGGAUCUAACGUCAUCAGAAACAGUUGAGCAGACUAUCACUACCUCGUCACCGCCUCCAAGAAAAAGACAAAAGAAAAGUGAACCCCGCCAAUGGGACGCAAAUAAAAACAAGGAACAAAGAGAAAAAGCUAAGGCUUAUUUAGGAAAGAAGAAGAGAGGAAAUAAAUGGGGCUUUAUUGAACCUAAGCCCGUGAGAGAGAUGAAAAGUAGAUGCAAAUGCAAAUUAAGCUUGAAAGGGGAUACCAAGAUGCACUGUGAUAAAAUACCAGAAGAAGAAAGACAAACAAUGUUUGAGAAGUUUUGGAAAAUGAGUUGGAAGGAAAAGAAGGUGUUUGUUAAAAUGUCUUCGAUUUCUAAGAAAAAAGAAAGAGAGAGGUGUGCUGGUACAUCAUCUAGGUGGAAAAACUCUGUAGAGUUAUAUUUAACUGAUAGCACGGGGAUUCGAUUUCGGGUCUGCAAAACCAUGUUCCUUAACAGUUUAGGUGUUGGGGAAUGGGUGAUAAAGAAGUGGAUUAUUAAUGAAGAUGAUCCCAAAGAUGCACCGAAAAAUAAUACCAAAGUGGAAGCUAAAAACCAGUUACGCAAGUUUUUUGAUUCCAUGCCAAAACUUGAAUCACACUACUGCCGAAAAGACUCAUCAAAGUUGUAUCCUGAACCAGUCUGGACAUCAACAUCUCAGCUCUAUGAAACUUACAGAAAAGACUUCUGUGUCAGAGAGAACCUUGAGCCAUUAAGCAUUACCACCUUUUUCAACAUGUUUGAAGCACUCAAUUUGUCUUUAUUUAGCCCAAAAAAGGACUUGUGUGAUAUUUGUGAGUCUUACAAAGCUGGUAAUGUUUCAGAUAUUGACUAUAAGACUCAUCGUGAUAAGAAACACGAGGCUCGAAAAGAACUCGCUAAGGACAUUUCCACGGAACACGAAGUCCUUACCAUGGAUUUACAAUCGGUGCUUUUAAGCCCACGUUCGAAUGUUUCGGCACUCUAA